AAAUUUAGCAGUCGGUGGUUCGACCCCAGUGUCUAGCCUGGGGACCAUGGCAUUAGAAGAAAAAGACACAGAAAAUUACCUUGUGUUCAGCUAAAAUCAGUUGGAGCCAGGAAUUUGAAAUCUUGACUUCAUUAUGUUUCUCAUAAAGGGAAAAUACUUAUAGACAUGAAGUUUUAAAGAUUGGCAAAACCAGCUCUCUUUGCUUUUAUCUAAAAAAAAUAAUGGAAAUAAAAACAAGAGCUUGGUAAGCACAGGUAUCCAUAUGGUAGUAAAAUCCAGUAGGUCUGUGAUACAUACAUGCUUUUAUUCCCAAACAUGAAAAGCUGUGCUGGAGUUUAUCUAGCAGUAUCCACUUCAAAGCACACAUUUACUGUAAUGACUGCUUAUUUAAUUGGGCAGGGCAAUUUCAUGGCUAAGUAAUUACCUGCAUUUAAUCUAAUCAGUCUCAUUUUAUCUGCUUCAGGUUUUUAGGUAUCAUACCAGUUCUAACCUGAGAAUAUUUUCUCACUCUGAUUAUCAAAGGACUAUAUGUCACAUUAUAUAAAGUACAGAAACAUACAAAAUGAAUUAGGAAAAAAAAUCAUUUAAAACCCUCCACCCAGAGACAACCAUAGUUAAUAUUUUGACAUUAUACUUAUUUAGCCUUUUUCAUUGUGGUUUUUUUUUUAAGCAUUAAACUACAUAUAUAGACACUAAUCUGAUCAAACAUUAGUUUUCAAAGUGUGCUUGAAAAUUGUUUCCUUCCCAACUAAUUUUACAUUUCAUUAUAUGUAACCUGGUUUGGAACUUUUGGUUCUCAAUCUACAUAGGCAGGUAAAAAACUGAGGAAUAUAUCUAGAAAAAUCUGGGAUGGGGACAUGGAGUGUACUGUCCUUGCAUUUUUCCUAUCACAUGUAAAAGCAAUGGUCCAUGCCUAAAAGAUAACCUCACACAUAGUAGGCUCUCAACUAUUUAUUGAAUGAAUGAAUAUUGGCUUUCAAAAGGCAAGCAGUCACUGUACCCCUUCCCUCUCCCACACCCUUCACCCUUUUUGGCCCCAUCCAUGGACUGGGUUGCUCUUUGAGGGCACUAUGGGUUUAGGAAUAAGCUUUGCUGCGGAUGACUGUGGUAGAAGUCCUAUGUUUGUCCCCUUUGAAAAAUGUGCUAAGGACUGCUUUCUCCAUGCAUAAUCUGGCCAAUUCAAUGAUGUAAACAGUUAGCUGGCCACAUAGGCUUUGCAUUUAGGGUGUAAAUCUGCAGAAAUGGUCAACCCUAUGCUUCCUUUCAUUUGGGGAAAUCUGGUUUUUUAUUUGGUAGCAUUGGAGCUUUCACUCUCUGAAGCAUAGACUGUUGCAUUGAUAAUAGUAAUUAAGAUCAUUCUACAGUCAUUUAGGAUUACUGUUGUGGAGUAAUUUAUUCCUUUGGAGUAAAUCACUUGUGCAUAACACACACAUGCACAGAUACACACACACACACAAGCGCACACAUGGGUGCACAUGAAUAAAUGCUCCAGAGCCCCAGGGUCUCAUUUAGUUCUCUGGAAGUGGUGAUCUAUAAAAUUGUACCCUAAAGUCUUCAGGAAUUAAUUUGUUUUCAAGCGGUACACAAUUUCCUUCCAGAGCCUACCUUUUUCUCCUGCACUUACUAGUUAUAUUAUUUGUCUUAAUUGCUUUAUCUGGGCCCAGGUCAUGGACCCCUGAUGUUGGAGACCAUUUUAUAGUGAGGUCACUUUGAUAGCUUCCUUAUUCGGGAUUCCACUGGCCUGGGGACGGUGUGGAGAGCUUCCAGUUCACUUGGUAUCAUCGACUGGCUCUUUGUGGAACACUUCAUAUUAACGUGUGGUUCUCCUCUUACUCCUUUCUUUACCUAUAUAGUAACUACCAUUUGAUAAAUGAGAUGAAAUAUGUAUAAAGUGGGUUGUCAAGUGUUAUACAAACUUUAGUUAUCACCCAUUAUUAUAAUGAUUACUUUGUACAGGAAAAAGGCACAUAUCAGAUGACUUAACCCAAAUCCACCUCAAAGACUGAAAACUCACAGCUACUUUCUUACCAUAUAGUUGUUAUUUAAUCCUUAAAGAUACUCUUUUCCUUGGAUUCAUUUACAGCAAAAUAUUAAUGAAUGGAAACCCAAUUAAUUAGUUUUCUCAAUUAACCAAAACUUCUCAAAUCCUCAAUUAACCAAUUAACACACACACUUUCUCACUCUUGUCUUAUAAGGAAAAUAAGGGGAGAAACCUUUCAUGGCUUAACCAGCACUGUUACCUGUUCACUUCAGUACCUCUGUAUCCAAAGUACCAUUUUAUGGGCAGUGAUGUUCCUAAUAAUGACCUUGAGCCUUCGUGAAGAACCUGAAUCAUCUGAAAAAGAUCAUCAUGUCAACCGCAUUCAAUAUACAGUGGCAGAAUUUUCAACAACCAAAUAUUGUGAUUAGCCAACACUUCCAAUUACACAAAAAAUCCAGGCUGGGAGAGGGUUCUGCCCUCCUUCAUCCAGAUAGCAGAGCGCAUCCUAGAUCCUUGGAGAAAAGUGCCUGGAGGGCGUUCAAGGAAUCGCAGUGUCAUCAUAUGCUCAAACAUCUCCACAAUGGUGCGAGGAUCACUGUGCAGAUGCCGCCCGCGAUCGAGGGCCACUGGGUGUCCACUGGCUGUGAAGUGAGGUCUGGCCCAGAGUUCAUCACAAGGUCUUACAGAUUCUACCACAAUAACACCUUCAAGGCCUACCAGUUCUACUAUGGCGGCAACCGGUGCACAAGCCCCACCUACACCCUCAUCAUCCGAGGCAAGAUCCGCCUGCGCCAGGCCUCCUGGAUCAUCCGCGGGGGCACGGAAGCCGACUACCAGCUGCACAACGUGCAGGUCAUCUGCCACACGGAGGCGGUUGCCGAGAGGCUCAGCCAGCUGGUGAACCGCACGUGCCCCGGCUUCGUCCCUGCUGGAGGUGCCUGGGUGCAGGACGUGCCCUACGACCUGUUGCAGGAGGAGGACGGCUGUGAGUGCACCAGGGCCGUGAACUUCGCCAUGCAUGAGCUGCAGCUCCUCCGGGUGGAGAAGCAGUACCUGCAGCACCACCUGGACCGCCUGGUGGAGGAGCUCUUCCUUGGCGACAUCCACACCGACGCCUCCCAGAGGACGUUCUACCGGCCGUCCAGUUACCAGCCCCCCCUGCAGAAUGCUAAGAACCACGACCAUGCCUGCAUAGCCUGUCGAAUCAUCCACCGGUCAGACGAGCACCACCCUCCCCUCCUGCCCCCCAAGGCUGACCUGACUGUUGGCCUGCAUGGUGAGUGGGUGAGCCAGCGCUGUGAGGUGCGGCCCGAAGUCCUCUUCCUCACGCGCCACUUCAUCUUCCACGACAACAAUAACACCUGGGAAGGGCAUUACUACCACUACUCGGACCCCGUCUGCAAGCAUCCCACCUUCACCAUCUAUGCCAAGGGCCGUUACAGCCGGGGCGUGCACUCCUCCAGGGUCAUGGGAGGAACUGAGUUUGUGUUCAAAGUGAACCACAUGAAGGUCACCCCCAUGGAUGCGGCCACUGCCUCGCUCCUCAAUGUCUUCAAUGGGAACGAAUGUGGGGCCGAGGGCUCCUGGCAGGUGGGCGUCCAGCAGGAUGUGACGCACACCAAUGGCUGUGUGGCGCUGGGAAUCAAACUACCUCACACCGAGUACGAGAUCUUCAAAAUGGAGCAGGACGCCCGCGGCCGCUAUCUGCUGUUCAAUGGCCAGAGGCCCAGUGACGGGUCCAGUCCGGACAGGCCCGAGAAGAGAGCCACGUCCUACCAGAUGCCCUUAGUGCAGUGUGCUUCCUCCGGGCCCCGCCCCGAGGACUUCUCCGAGGACCACAGGGCCCACCAGUACGGGAGCCGGGCGCCCGGGAGGAGCGCGUGCCCCCCGGUCCUUGCUGCGCUUGCCUGCCUCUGGACUCUGCUGCACUGGAAUAUCCUCAGAUAG